CACUCGCAACGCCGCCGCCCUGAAUCCCGCCCCCUUCCGCUCGCCACACACCAGCAGGCAGCGCCGCCGCCCUAGAUCCCGCCGUCCGGGCCGCUCGCGCGCGGCCCCCAUCCGCUCGCGCGCCGUCGCUCGCGCGCGACCCGGCCCCCGUCCGCUCGCGCGCGCCGUCGCCGGCCGCUCGUCGCGCGCGCUCGCUGCCCCCGUCCGGUCAUCCUUGCUGCGUGCCGCCUCCGACCCACCCCAGCCCAGCCACGCCGGCGAGAAGGAACUCAUCGUUGGCUUCAUCAGCUGAGCCACGUCGUCGUGAAGGAGCACCUCGUUGGCUUCAUCCUCCAUAUCCCCUCGUAAUCCCAGGCUUCAAGAAGUUGCUGGGAACGAGGGGAGCGAGACCAGCCAGCGAACAACUAGAUGGAGGCAGUGGUACGGAAGGUGCAGCAGCGGGUGAGGAAGGCACGGGAGGAGAUGGACUUGUGGGAUGACCUCAACUCCCGCCUCCUUACUAAAUUCAACAGGGCCACCGUAGUCAUCGAUCGCCUUCCGGUGCUUGGAGAGGACAAGAAUUAUGGUGCCUUGCGUAGUGUGGCUAACAUCCCAGAGGACCUCAUGGGGAAGCAGUUUGAGAAUCUGGAGCUCUUGUUUGUUUCUAUGAGGGAGACACUGGAGAGGUUAAAUGGCAUUGUGAGAGCUCUAAAUAAGGCUCUACGUGAUACUAACCAGAUGGUGAGAGGCGGGUCAGCACUCACAGCGAAACAGAUGCAGUUACAAGUGGGAAUUUCGCCAACUAUUGCGGAAUGCUUGGAUGGGCUUCGGACAUUAUGCGAGAUGCACCAGGAUGAGUUUGCACUAAAAUCAUCAGUUAUCUCCUUGUUGACAUGGAAGAGCAGUUCCAGUGACAUUGCUGCACUCCGCCAACUCUUAGUAGACCAGCCAAACAUACCAAAAGAUGAAGGCGAGUAAUGAAUAAAUAGAAUAGAUUAUCCGUUCAAUCCAUAUUCGACAUUAUAUUUGCAGACGAAAUUUGUUAGCCAGCUCGUAUUUGAACUACUGAAGCCUUCGGCCCUAUGUAAAUCUAGCUGCCCACUCAGAUAAGCCUGAUUUAAUCUGAAAUUUCAUGUCCGACGAUCCUGAUUGUUGAGGUAGUGCGACCAAGCCAUGUCUUUAUUUCCAUCAGCAACAGUGAUUGAACAUCUGGAAUCUGUCUUUGUUUCCACUAGCAACAGUGGUUGGAGAACUGGAGCUGCCAUCGGUUUAGUUCUGAAGCAUAGGAAAACCAAUCUACAAUGUAGUUUAGCAUAUUGCAGAUGGCCUAUUAUGUCUCUUGGUAUUGUGUCACAUAUAAGGAUUUCAGCAAAAUACAGUGAUUGUCAGGUGGACCUCUGCUGCACGUACAAACACAUGUGAAAUAGUUGCCUGAAAUUUGCAUACGGGCACUGACCAAGGACAGCAUUGUUUUAACUUAUCUUCUUUCUCAUUCCCUCAUUUACCAUACAUUGUUUUCUUGUGCAUUGGGAAUGUUCGCAGUGCGCACCUCUGUAAAUUAUAGCAAAAGGCACUUUCAGUUUUUCCAUGAAGUUUAUCAUACCUGAGACUCAGAAGGAGAAUUUAACUCAA